CCCAGAACCAUGAUUUCCAGGAUGGUCCCCUCAUGGGGGCGCUGUACGGUGACGGGGAGCAUACCUAAAAGCUCAUUCUACCUCCGAAGGGGGGUUCUCGAUGCAGAGAAGAGGUUCUUCUCAAGGAAUUCAUCCCUACACCAAAAGCAGCAUGCCUCCGCAGCACCCUUCAACACACCGCAAUCGCACCAGCGCAAUACCUCGACUAUGUACUAUACAAUCAGUAUGAUCCUCGGAACCGUUGCCCUUGCCUACGGCUCCGUACCUCUGUACAAAAUGAUCUGCCAACAGACCGGCUGGGGUGGCCAGCCAAUUCUCACCCACCGAGUCGGCGACGGCGAUACGGCCUCGCGCGUAACCCCAGUGACCGACUCCCGACGCCUCCGUAUUACCUUCAACGGAUCUGUCUCUGAUGUACUCCCCUGGAAGUUCACGCCGCAACAACGGGAAGUCCGAGUCCUGCCUGGUGAGACCGCCCUAGCUUUCUACACUGCGACCAACAAGGGCCCUCAGGAUAUCAUUGGAGUCGCAACGUAUAGCGUUACCCCGGGCCAGGUGGCACCGUACUUUAGCAAGAUCCAGUGCUUUUGUUUCGAGGAACAGAAGCUGAAUGCGGACGAGUCGGUAGAUAUGCCUGUGUUCUUCUAUAUUGAUCCGGAUUUUGCAACGGAUCCGACCAUGAAGGGCAUUGAUACGAUCACGUUAUCGUAUACAUUCUUCAAAGCGAGGUACGAUGACAAUGGAGUUCUGAAGCCUAUUCAGUCCUGAUGCAAUCUCCUUGGAAAACGGCGGUUAUACCCUUGGAUGAUAACGCAGUCAGGCCCGCUUAUUCCUGGCAAAGAAAGGCCUAAUUCUCUCCAGCAAGCUUUCGAGUCAAUGCUGACAGAGGAUUUGCGGUAUCAAUAUCUCAUCUCCACAAAAUAGUGACUGUACGAUAUUUUUUAGAAACAGACGGGAGGUACAAAACCCGGUAGAAAUCUCAAUCUGUAUAUAUGAUUAAAACAAACACAUUCUCAA